UUUUAUAAAGAAAAAUUUUCUUUUAUUAGAGUGUGAUAUUGUUAGUAAUCACUUCUAAUUUCACGUUAAUCGUAAUCGGUAAUAGGACCUUAUAAUCUGUGCGAUUCAAAUGCCCGAAAGUUGAACGAAAAUUCCAAUGUGAUCACGUCGAACGGAAACGAAAGAUUAGCAGGAUAAUAGCUUGGCCAAUUGAGAAUGCAGGAGUUCAAAGACUUUGAUCGAUAAUUAGUUGUUUGAAAAAGUUAUAAUAGUAGAAUAAAUUAACGAAAUUGAAUAAAUGUGAUGAAUUAUAUGGUUUCAAUAUCAAAACAGUGAAUGGAUAAAAGACGUACCAGAAUCCCGUCUGCUAAUGCACGUAAUGGACUAACACAAUUUCCUGCCGACGUCAGUAACAAUGAAGUAUAGAAAAAAUGUUGGAACCUCUGAAUGACCAGAACGAUUGAUUGCUUUAUGUUGGCAAUUCGGAAUUCAGAAUUAAUUGUAUUCAUCUAUGGAUUGGUUCAUUUGUCUCACGACCAUGUUAAUGACUGAAAAUGCAAAGAACAAGCAAUGGAUUGAAGUUGGAUUUAACAGAGAAUACUCCAGGUAGCUCAUCUUCGCGGUUGCCUAAUCUGGUAGAACAUGUGGAAAAUUAUAACCAGACAAUUACCGGCUUAGCCGGCGAAAAUUUGAAUAGCAAAUUGCCAAACGUCGUUGAAGGCUCCAUGGACUAUGGUAGCGAGCGAAGGUCCUCCCGUUACCUGGAUUAUGAGUCAAAGUGCUUCCAAGAUGGCCAGGCGUCAGGGAGUUACAUCGAUAGUGGUGGAGGUGGUGGUGGUGUUGUUAUGAACACCAAGAAUGUUGACUACGGUGACAAUACUUUUUUAGCACGUAGCUAUGAUAGAAAGUUGCCUGGUGGAGGCUAUGAUACAGAAGAUAGAUAUGACAGUCGAAUUUAUCAGGAAGAAAGUUUACGGUAUGAUAGACGAGUAGAACGAACCUAUCAAGAAUCAGACUUGGAUGCACCUUAUGAUAGAAGCGACACUGCAAAACUUCGAAGUUACAACCAAGAUCUUCAAGACUCUAGUAGACGUUAUUCUCGUGAUCUAACCGAUUACGAAUAUGCUUCAAGGUAUGCUGAAGAAACUCUGAAGCUUGAACCAAAGAAAGAUCAUCGACAUCAUCCAUCCAAAAUUUAUGAACCAAUUAGUCAAGUUUAUGAUAAUUUAGCGAAAGGUGGAUAUGAAUCAGGUGUAAAAACGCGUGAAUCAUCAUACGAAUUAAGUGCUUGUGCUAAUCCAGAUAUUGGAAGAUCAAAGUACGAGAGUAAAUAUGCUCCUACCGCCAAGGUCUAUGGUACACUGCCAAGAUACGAGUCAUCCGGCAAAAUUUAUGAUACAUAUGACACAGCUGGUCGACCUUAUGAUUCCAAAUAUGAUGAUACAAACUAUGACUCAGGAAUCAAAGGGUUUCAAAGUUCAACUUCUAAAUAUGAACUUAGCACUUCGAAAAGUUAUAUUCAGGAAAGAUCAAAGUAUGAACCUGUCGCUAGAUAUCAAGAUACCUCAACUAAGGCGUAUGAUCAGACGUUAAAGAUAAGUGAACUUGGAUCUGCUUCAAAUGCGUAUCACAGAAAGCAAAAUCCGGAAUCUACUGUGACAAAAGCACCGGAAAAAACCAAUGGAUAUCGGAAAAAUAACUUUGAAGCAUAUGGAGUUUACUCUGAUCCUGAGGAUGAUCAUGGCUUUUUACCAGAAAAGAAAACACCACAAUAUUCUUAUAAAGGUGUUGUAGUAAACGCUACUGGAGAGUCAGCCGUUGUAGAUCAGAAAAGGACCAAAGAAACAGAACAGACACAAGUUCCUACUAGUCCUUGGUGUAGACCAACUAUUCUACUUCUUCUUCUCGUUCUUCUCAUAGUUAGUUUUGUUUUCAUAGCUGGAAUCCUGCUCUAUUUUAAUUAUAUGUCCUAUAAACCACGACAUCCGGUACUUGAGGGUAAGGAUCAUAAUUUCGCCAGUAAUAAUGCGGAACCUUGUGAAAAAACAUACUGUGCUUGGGGUGCAACGUGUAUCGUUUCCGAAACAGGAAGUGCAGUUUGCCAGUGCCCUUUCAAUUGUCCGAAGAACCGUGAACCCGUAUGUGGUACCGAUGACGUAACAUACGAGAAUCAGUGCCAGCUGCGGCAAGCAAGUUGCAACGAUCGAAAGAACACGAGAGUCAAGCAUCAAGGUGAAUGUGAAAUCAAGGAUCCUUGUCGAGACCUCAAUUGCUCAGUUGGCUCUCAAUGUAUAAGAAGCAGCGAUGGAACAGGGGCAAAAUGUGAGUGUCUGAAGAGCUGUCCAAACCUCGGUGACCACGAAGGAUCAGGACCAGUGUGUGGUUCUGAUGGAGUUGAUUACCCGAGUGUAUGUGAGCUAAACGCGUCUGCUUGUGCUAGAAAUUCUAAUGUCACGGUGGCUUUUCGUGGAAAAUGCGAUCCUUGUAGUACUGUGGAGUGUUCGGAACCAGAGGUUUGUCAACUGGACGCACUACGACAACCAGCUUGUCAUUGUGGCGAACAAUGUGGCCUAGAAUUCUCUCCAGUAUGUGGUAGCAACGGCAAGACCUAUUCCAAUGAGUGCAGCCUCAGACAGGAAGCUUGCAGAUCUAGAUUACCACUUAGGAAAAUCUACGACGGUGCCUGUAGUUCUGGUACUAAUCCCUGCAACGGUGCCCGAUGUAGUGAACUUGAACAAUGUGCUAUCGAUCGUUACGGUAUUGCAAAUUGUGAAUGCGGGCCUGAAUGUGAGCCAAUAAUGAAGCCAGUCUGUGCUAGAGGCGGAACAACAUACAGGUCUCUUUGUGAACUCAAAAGACAGGCUUGCUUAACUAAGAGUAACAUUGAGGUUGCUUAUACUGGAAUAUGUGGUUCUCAAGGACCUUGCUCUGAAAAGAUUUGUCAAUGGGGAGCUAUCUGCGCUGUAAAUGGAGACACUGCUACCUGUGAGUGUCCUACAUGCUCGGUAGAAUUCAAUCCAGUCUGUGGUGACGAUGGGAUCAGCUACGGAAACGAGUGCAAACUGAGAUUGGAAGCUUGUCAGCACCACCGGGAUAUCAAAGUGCUCUAUCAGGGGCUCUGCAAUGGCUGUGAAAACAAAAAAUGUGAAUACUAUGGAAAAUGCGAAAGCGACAGCUCCGGUGAAGCCAGAUGCGUCUGUCCAACCAACUGUGGAGAUUCGGAAAAAGAGAGCAAUUCUGUAAAUAAAGUGUGUGGAACUGAUGGAGUAACUUAUGCCAACGAAUGUGCACUCAAAAAAGCCUCAUGUACUGCUCAGACUCUUAUAGAAGUAGCAUUUGUAGGGGAUUGCAAAUUAUGCACCGAUAUCAAGUGUGACAAUGGUGCAUACUGUGCAGCAGGAGAGUGCGUUUGCCCAAAAAGUUGUCCCGAACCAAAAGGAGAACCAGUAUGUGGCACUGACGCAAAAACUUAUCCUUCAGAAUGCGAAUUACAGCGAACAGCUUGCGAUAGAGACAAGACAAAACUUCCACCUCUUCAUGUUGCAUUUCACGGUGAAUGCGGUGAGAAAUUCGCCGUCGCUGCUCUGACAACCAUGUCUACAGCGUCGGUAACUCGACUGUCAACUACAGUUACCGAAGUCACAAGCACUCAAGAACGCGAAGCUUGUAAAGAUAUCCACUGUGAUUUUGAAGCAACUUGUGAGCUUGGACCUGAUAAGUUUCCUAGAUGUAGUUGUAAGUUUGACUGUGCUUCAAUUUCACCAGAAAACAUGACACCAGUAUGUGGCAGUGAUCUCAAAACUUAUCCAUCAAUUUGUGCUAUGAAAAUGGAAGCUUGUCAGCGCCAGCAAGAAUUACGAUUGAGACCAUUAGAUCUCUGUCAAGGUAUGGAAGUGAAGCCAUGCAAUGGUGAUCCACCUCUAGUGGAUGAAGAAAACAAAGAAUACGAUUGUGGAAAUGGACCGAAUAGACGAGACUGUCCAAGUAAUAGCUACUGUCAUCAAACUACACGAUUUGCUCGUUGUUGUAAAAAAGAACAAGGUAUCCAAGUUGCUAAUUGCAUGGAUUCAUGGCACGGCUGCUGUCCGGAUGGUAAGACUGCAGCAAGAGGACCCGAUGGGGCUGGUUGUCCUAGCAGUUGUAAUUGCAACAAGUUGGGUAGUGUUUCCGAUACUUGCAAUCCUGAAACUGGUCAAUGCGAGUGUAAACCAGGUGUUGGUGGCCUUAAAUGUGAUCGGUGCAUGCCGGGCUACUGGGGUCUACCGAAAAUUAGCGAAGGCCAUCCGGGUUGUAUACCUUGUGGGUGUUCCCUUUUUGGAUCCGUUCGGGAUGAUUGUGAACAAAUGACUGGUCGUUGUGUCUGCAAGCCAGAAAUACAAGGACAAAAAUGUACUAUUUGCACGGAUCACAAUAAAGUCCUUUUACGAACGGGCUGUCAUCCAGUGGAUGAAAGCCCAAUAGUUCCAAAAAGUUGCAACGAAUUGGAGUGUUAUUCUGGUGGUCACUGUUCAGAAACAGGUAGCCUACAUUGCGUUUGUCCGUCAACUUGUCCAGCCGAUUUACCUGUAGUACCUGUUUGUGGUAGUGACGGACAGACCUACGAUAAUGAGUGCGAAUUACGUCUUUAUGCCUGUCGUCACCAGGCAGACGUAGUAACACAGGCUUUUGGACACUGCAGAGACUAUCCCACAUUGAACACGGAUUCUCCGGUGAAGAGAUUUACAGCUGUCCAGUACACUCAGCCAGCGGCAGCUAUUUCACCAUUGUCCAAGUCCACGAGGCACCUUCUUGGUCCAGAGCCAGAUCCACGCUAUUAUUACACUCAUCGUGCUCAGCAAGAAACCAUUACCAUUGACCGUGACAAUCUUAAACACGGAGUGGCAGCAGCAUCAAGGCCCACUCCAGCUACAAUUCGAGUUGUAACAGCUCUUCUCGGAGAUCUCUGUACAGAUGAUAGAGAUUGUACGAUUCCAAAUAGCGAAUGUGUCAGUGGAGGAUGUAUUUGCGCAAAUGGAUUUGCUGAAACGAGUGAUCGACAGGAGUGCUUCGCGAAUUAUAUUUCUGUUACGCCGGCAGAAGAGCUACGAGUCUGUCAAUCAAAUCCAUGUCACACAUCAGCAACAUGUAUUGAUUUACCAAGUUCAACGUUUGUGUGUAUUUGUUUGCCAAAUUACACUGGAUUACUUUGUGACGAAGAAAUUAAUAAACGAGAGUAUGAAGUUCCGUCUUUUGAUGGCAAAAGUUACGUGAGAAUGACUAGAUUAAAGGGAUAUCAUCAGUUUAGCAUUGAAGUUGAGUUCAAGACUUAUGCAGAUAACGGCAUCAUUCUUUACAACCAACAGAAGAAUGAUGGAACUGGAGAUUUUGUUUCCUUGGCAAUCGUGAAUGGAUACGUGCAAUUUCGGUAUAAUCUCGGAAAUGGACCAGUGAUAUUAACAUCAUCUGAAAAAGUAACGAUGAAAAACUAUCACCGAGUUGCAGCUAAACGAUAUCACAAAGAUGGAGUUCUAAUUUUUAAUGAAGGAGAUGAUAUAGCCGGGCAAAGCCAGGGAAUGCUGAAAUAUUUAGACCUCAAUCAAGAUACAUUUGUUGGUAACGUGCCAACAAAUUACAGCCGAGUUUACAAGAAUAUUGGAACCAGCCAAGGGCUUUUAGGGUGCAUUCGUGAGCUAAAAGUCAAUGGAUUCCUUAUAGAUCUUCAUAUAGGUCAGGCCAAAAAUGUAUUGGAGACUUAUCGGGUUAAAGAAUGUCGAGAGAAUGCCUGCGCCAAUUUACCUUGCCAAAAUGGCGCCACGUGUCAGCCAAUCUUCGAAGAAGAUCUCUGCAAUGACAGAGAAUGUCAAUCACCAGUAAAACGAAGUAGAGUCAAGAAGAAAGGGAAUCAUAAUAACGGAAUCCAAGUUGUAAAAUGUAAAGGACCCAGCUGUAAAAUGGUAAAACGUAAACAAAAGCAGAAGAGAUCACAGAAACAGAAGAAGAAAUCAAAAAAACGAUGUGCUGGUCCUGAGUGUGAUUAUGAUUACGAUUUAGAUUAUGAUGCAACUUAUGAGCACGAUAAUUAUGCAGUUGCUACUUACGAACCUCCGACAUAUAAAUGCAUUUGUCCACCUCAGUUUACUGGAUUUAAUUGUGAAGAAUCAUUAGACCCUUGUCUGGGAGAACCCUGUCAAAAUGGUGCCACUUGUGAUAUUCUUCCUCAAGGUGGAUACGUCUGUAAAUGUCCUCCUGGAAGAACAGGAGAGCACUGUGAAAUCCUCGAUGCUGAGCUUACAGAAUUUUUAAUUCCACAGUUUAACGAAGAUGGAUUUCUUGAACUUCCUUGCCUUGAAGGAAUCGCUAAAGCAUUUUCUAUCGAACUUUGGUUUCUUACUCGUGCUCGAGAUGGCUUACUUCUUUAUAAUGGACAACUUAGCAACGGUCGAGGAGACUUUAUUAGUCUCAAUUUAGUUCACGGUAAUUUGGAAUUUCGAUUUAAUCUGGGAAGUGGGAUAGCAAACAUCACGUCUCCUGAUCCUGUCAGUCUUGACACUUGGCACGUCGUCAGAAUCGGCAGACUUGGUCGAGAAGGACUUCUUCAGUUAGACGCCGGAACUAUCGCUCGAGGUUUUUCUGGCAGUCCAUUGACUGAAUUAAAUUUAGAGAUGCCACUAUAUAUAGGUGGUAUGAAACAUUGGCGAGAAGUUCAUAAACUAGCAGGAGCUCAUACUGGACUCAUUGGAGCAGUUCAAAGGCUAAUGGUCAAUGGUAAAACUUACCAGAAUCUCGCCGUCAACUACACUCAACAUAACACGGAUAUCUAUGAUGGCUUACCAUGUCCCAGCAAUGAGAAUCCUUGUCAUAACGGUGGAAUCUGUUUACCACUUUUGAACAGCUACCUUUGUAAAUGUGCUAGUGGUUACAACGGUUUGCAUUGCGAGUUCUUCAUGGGAUACGACGUUUCAGGCGGAGAAAUAUCAGAUCAACCUGUAAAAUUUAAUGGUGACAAUUUUCUGCAAUUUAAACACCGUUAUGGAAGAAGCACUAACAAUACUUUCUCUACUAACACAUCUGUUUCGGAGUAUUAUGAUGACUCUUACUCUGAUUACGAAUUUGAAGAGGAAGAUGAUUUUAAUUAUGAAGAUUAUGAUUAUACAGAACGUAAGGGCCAGCAGUCAAAUAAAUUCGAGCUUAGUCUUCGCACGACCAAUUUAGACGGGAUGAUCGCAUGGAUUGGACGUGGAAAAAUCGAAUAUCUUACAUUAUCUUUACACGAGGGAUAUGUAGUUCUCACCUAUAAAGGAAGGAAUGAUCAAAUAACUCUGAGGAGUAGAGAAAAAGUCAAUGAUGGUAUAUUUCACCACAUCAAAGCUGCCCGACGUCGAAAGGCAACGAUAAUCCAGAUAGAUGAUGAAAACCCAGUAAAAGUAUUGACGGAAACGAGUCUUCUAACAACCAAUGGGAAAUUAUUUGUUGGCGGAAAGCCUGGUCAUAAAGGAAUCAAGGGUUGCGUGACCGACUUUAUUGUUGAUAGACGAAGAUUGCGUUUAGCGAGACGGAAGAUCGAAUCUUGUCAUGAUAAUGAUGUAUGAUAGUGAGCUUUUUACAUUAUGGAUAUGGAUAUCAACAUGAUAACGUUAAAUAUUUCAAAGACUAUAGUUGACACAUCGUCUAUCACAUAUUCUUUGAGAGUACAAUCGACAUUUUCAAGAAAGAGGUAAUAUAAGUUCUACUAAGAAGAUUGUUAUCAUGAAAAUGGAGAAAAGUUUUAUUUAACAAAUUAUUUAAAUCAUAAAAAAGAUAAAUGAAAUACACGAAUAAAUAAAAUAUUUAAUAAAGUAAUCAGCGAUGUUUAUGAAAAAGUGUGUGGAGAUAGAAAUAAAAUAUAAGUGCUACAUUUUCAUCGAAGGACAAUAAUAUAUUUUUAAGCUAAAAGCCGCGAUAGGCGAUAUAAAUAAAAAAUAAAUGUUUAAAACAAUGAAUAAAUAUUAUUGAUAGAUAAAUGAUUAUUCAUAAUUAAUGAUAAUUAAAAAUGAAGAUAGUAAACGUUUGUGCAUUGUGAAUCAUAAAAUACCUUUGAUGCAAAAAAAUGUCCCACAAGAAACUCUGUUUCUUUUCAGCACAAAUCGUUAAAUUAGCACACUUAUAAUAUUAAUUAAUUAUUCCAAGACUGAUUAAUACUGAACAAAUUGAUUAAAUCGGUGUUAUGUUUGGGUGUUACGGUAGAGAGAUUUAAUAAUUGUGGAUUUUCAAAUACAUGUAUUUUUAAGGACUGUUGAUUUAUGCCAGUAGAUCACAUCAUUUAAUGUAGUCAAGGCUUUUUAUAAAUCCGCCAGAAAUAGAAGAGCAUAUAAAACGAUGAUAUUAUAGUAUAUAAAAGUAAAAAAUACAUAAUACAUUCCAUUAAAUGGAUAUCACGAAAGAAAAACCUAUAUAUAUAUAAAUAAAUAUACAUAAAUAUAUAUGAGUCGUGUACGUAUGUACGUGCAAUAAAAAAGAAUAAUACUAAUAAUAAGUAUAAUGGAUAGCAAUUAACUGUAUCACGUGUAUAACGAAUUAAUUGAUGAAAUGAAAGCAUGUGUGAUUUGCAUGAACGUGCGAAAAAUGUCACGAUGAAUAUACUUCACCAAGUGUGUAAAUAACUGCAAUGUUUAGUCACCAUUAGCGAGAAAUAUUGCGAAAAAUUUUCGACCUAAUAAUCGUUAAUAACGACCUAACUCAACAAAUGGGCCUUUUAAUAUUGUUUACGGCUUAAUUUAAACUCCAACUGUUCUUCCUUCAGCACAAAUAAUCUUCUCGAAUGAUUCUCUAUUAUCACAUCUGCUUACAGAGUGUAAAAACAUAAUUAAUUCAUUAAUUAAUAUGAAAGUAUCAUUUUCGAGCGCACGAUGUUAAUUAUUUUUUAUUUUUUUAACUAAUAAAUACUCACGGUGCGCAUUGGCUUCGACUUUCAAUCUACAUAGAUUAUAAAUAAUGUAUAAUAAUCUCUUAUGAGAAGCUUGCUAUCUAAUGUGAAAUCAUUCUUUUCGAUGAAAAAAAAACUGAACCACACACGUCUUGCCAUUGGAAAUUUCUAAAACGUAAAAAAUUAUAAAAGACUCAAUCUAUGGAAUAUUGUUAGUUCCAUACUCUACUGCACAAACUUUUACAUAAUAAGUUAUUUUGUUUCUAAGUUCUAAUGUAUUCAUUCUAUAAAGUACUUAGUUUUGUAUUAUCAUGGAAAUUUUUACCAAGAGUUAUGACUUAUUUUUAUUAAUUAAGGUGUAUUUAAGUGUACAAAUGAAUUAUUAAUGCUAAUGAUAUUGGUAAAAAUUCUCUUGUACUAAUAUCAAUGAACCAAUUGAUGACUUAUUAAUAAUAUGAAAUUGUUUGAAUGAAUUUAAUUUCAUAUGACAAAUUUGAAUAAAAAAAGCCGUCGAAAGCAAUUUUACAUAUCUAAUUUUAAGAUAAAAUUUUUUGGGAUCUUUAUUUCCCAACAUUUAUUACGUAUCUAUCACAUAUCGGAUAAAAUACUUCAAACAUAUCGUCCAGUAACAUUGGUUUCUGAAAAUUGGAAAAAUAACGCUGGAGUGAAGAUAAUAGAUAUAAUAAACUAAUGAUACUCCAGUAUUUAUUUUAAUUAAUACUUAAAUAGUUAAUGAUUCAUCUGUAAUGUCUAAAUUGUAAAAUGAAUCACUGUAAUUUGUUCAAAGCGUGUGUGUUUAUCAUUUCUUUACUAAAGCUUACCUCUAGACUAAAUAAAAGUUGUCAAGGCUAGCCGUAAAAAUACCCAUCGUGAAAGUCUGUUCUACACAUUCUGAAAAAAUAUUGUUAUCUGCUGAAAUAAAGUACAAUUUUACCCUCCCAUUUAUUUAAUUUUCCAUGGGGAUGUUUUGCUCUUCUCCUCAAUGAGUAAAAGGGAAACAAGAAAGUGGAAAAGAAGAGAGAAAGAGAUAAAAUUAUUGACCUUUAUAAACUCCAAGUCCGAUUUGAGCUUCACUCCUUUGAUAUAAAGAUGAAAAUAAUGAAAGAAAAUUUUUUUAAAAACAAAGACCAUGAGCAUCUUUUAAAUCCCAAUUAAAAGAUGCCUUCGCGCGAAGUUAGAAUGGAUAAGAGUAAGAUUGUACCAAUAAAAUAUCGCGAUUGUGAUUGAUUUUACUGGGUUAUAACUGCCAAUUUCUAGAUAGAAAAUAAUUAUCACGUGGUUGAAUAUUUUUUGAAUAUUGAAAAUUUAAGAAUUUAAGGUAAUCUACACCUAGACCUUAAUUAAGUUACUCGCGCGAGGGUUUUCCACUUAAUUAAGUUUUUUACAUUCAUACUAUUUUACCAUAACUACUAUGUUCAAAAUCUAUUGGAGCUAUAUUAUGUAAUAAAAAUGCGCAAUGUAAAGUGACUGUAUAUAAAUAUAUAAAU